CAGGUGCAAACUAUUUAAAUUAAGCAAAAGGAGCAGCAAGGAGGGCAAAAAUAACACAGUUAUUUUAUGCCAGUAACAUUGUGAUGGAGACCUGGAGCGUUCACCGUCAGAACUACAUCCCGAGCGGCCAACAACUGCCCAGGACUCCGUCUCUGACCGACGUGAAAAGACAACUGGAAUUUUUCAAUGAGGCUUCAUUUAGUGACCAUGUAUUGAGUAAUGAAGUCAGCGAAGAAAACCUUGACCCAAGCAUGUUUAAGGCCAACACUCCAGACACCAAACCAGAUUGCUCUGACUCCUUGUUGAGCGGCAUGAAGGGAUACCAGCUAACGGAAAACGACCUGGACUUUAUAAAGACGCUGAAAGUGGACAAACGAACAAAGCAUCUGCAGGGACAACUGAAGGCGUUGCAGAGGGAGGUGAUCAGCGAGAAGAUGGUCUUGGAUCUCACGCUGGCCUCCAGAGAGAAAGCACGAGCUGAACUCGAGAAGUUCCCAUCAUGCUUAGAGGGUGCCAAACUUCUAACGCUGGUGCUGCAAGUCGCUUUGCCUUCGGACCAAGUGUCUGAGCUGCUGCACGCCAAGUCUGUGCUGGCCAUGGUGACUAGGGAAGACGUGGAUAAGGCGGUGAGCGAGAAGAAACGUGCGGUCGCUCACAUGGAGAAGACGGCGGCUCGUCAGAGAGAGGACACUGAGGAGAAAGGACAGCUAGAAAAGCAACUUGUCAGUGAUCAGCUGGUGAUCCAGCGGCUUAUGAGUGAGAUGUCUGAUCUCAAAACUAAACUGGCUGCGCAAGAGGAGCUAAAAUGUGGAGCUGGUGCCUCAGAAGCAGUUCAAGCGGCUCAAGGUCAAGUGAAGCAGCCAGACAAGAGCAAAAGGAAGCCGGUCGCUCCAAAGACAAGUCAACCAGCAGAUGAAGACAAAAGUAAACCCACAACCAAAUCCAAGAAAACAUCAGCAAAGUCCACCGUAGAGAAGACCAAAGCAGCCCCGGGACCGCAGAUGUUGAAAGACAAGUCAGAACCUGUGCAAGGAACCCGAAGCAGACAAAAACCUGCUGGACCCUCAAAGGACUCUACAUUGCAGGUGAAAAGUGACAAAGGGGCAGGUAACUCUAAACUUGCUGAACAGCAGGAGGAACCACCGAAGGUUGUUCUGAGACGGUCCAGGAGGAUUGCCAACAGGAGGUGAUGGUGUAUCCAGAGUUGUACUUAUUUUAUUGCAAGAUGUUUUGAAGUGAUUUAUAAAAUGUAAUAAAGGUGAGCAAUACAGGA